UUGGGCAAACUUCCUACUUGUCUGAGCCCCUUAUUUUCACUGGAGUUCUACUAGUUACUCCCCCGUUUGGAGUUAAGGAGUAAGAACUGCCAACACAGUGCUGGUCACGUGUAUGUUCUCAGCUAAUGGUUGUUGGUAAUUUGAUAAGUGUUACUGCAAUGAGAUAUACAUAAGGAAGCAAACAGUUGCACCACUGAGGUAAAAAUUGCGAGAGACAGAAACACAGGGCCCGGCCGGGGAGCAUGUAGGGAAAUCUGGGGAACAGGGGAAGCACCUGCCUAGAAUGAGCAGUGUCUCAAAGGUAGAUAAGAGAAAACAGGCGAAGAAAGGGAGAGAGCUUUCUAGCAGAUGACCUGGGAUGUUUGGGAGCAUUGAAUCAAUCAACAGAGGACCAACCCAUUAAGGCAACUGUGAGUCAUUCAGCGUGGCUUGUGCAGGCUGAGGAACAGCUGGUGCCAAGGCAGAGGCAGAAGCAGAAUCCCAUGGUAGCCAGGUGGGUGAAGGGGAGCAAGGACGUCCCACCUGCCUUGAAGAAGACGCCUUCUGACCUGCUGAGGGAGUGACCAGGUGAUUUCAACAGCCUGACAAUGGACGCCAUUCACAUCAGCAUGUCCAGUGGCCCCGGGGUGAAGCACACUGCAGGAGCUGGACCCAAGACCAACAGACCGCGAGUCAUGUCCAAGAGUGGGCACAGCAACGUGAGAAUUGACAAAGUGGAUGGCAUAUACUUGCUCUACCUUCAAGACUUGUGGACGACCGUCAUUGACAUGAAGUGGAGAUACAAGCUUACCCUGUUUGCAGCCACAUUUGUGAUGACCUGGUUCCUUUUUGGAGUGAUCUACUACGCCAUUGCAUUUAUUCAUGGGGAUUUAGAACCAAGGGAGGAUGUUUCGAAUCACACUCCCUGCAUCAUGAAAGUGGACUCUCUCACUGGAGCAUUUCUCUUUUCCCUGGAAUCCCAGACAACCAUUGGCUAUGGAGUCCGUUCCAUCACGGAGGAAUGCCCUCAUGCCAUUUUCCUCUUGGUUGCUCAGUUGGUCAUCACAACCUUGAUUGAGAUCUUCAUCACGGGCACCUUUCUGGCCAAGAUUGCCAGACCCAAAAAGCGGGCAGAGACCAUCAAGUUCAGCCACUGCGCGGUCAUCACCAAGCAGAACGGGAAGUUGUGCUUGGUGAUUCAAGUGGCCAACAUGAGGAAGAGCCUCCUGAUUCAGUGCCAGCUCUCUGGUAAACUCCUCCAGACCCACGUCACUAAAGAGGGGGAGCAGAUUCUGCUCAACCAAGCCACCGUCAAAUUCCACGUGGACUCCUCUUCGGAGAGCCCCUUCCUCAUUUUGCCCAUGACAUUCUACCACGUACUGGAUGAGACGAGCCCCCUGAGAGAUCUCACACCCCAAAACCUGAAGGAGAAGGAGUUUGAACUCGUGGUCCUCCUCAAUGCCACCGUGGAAUCCACCAGUGCAGUCUGCCAGAGCCGCACAUCUUAUAUUCCAGAGGAGAUCUACUGGGGCUUUGAGUUUGUGCCUGUGGUUUCUCUCUCAAAAAAUGGAAAAUAUGUGGCUGAUUUCAGUCAGUUUGAACAGAUCCGAAAGAGCCCAGAUUGCACCUUUUACUGUGCAGAUUCUGAGAAGCAGAAACUUGAGGAGAAGUACAGGCAGGAGGAUCAGAGGGAAAGGGAACUGAGAACUCUUUUAUUACAACAGAGCAACGUCUGAUGGCAAUGGUCACCCCCGGUUUAACUCUGUGAGCUGUUUCCACAUCUGAGCUCCCUUCAAAUGCAAAGGUCACUGUGAAAAUGAAAAUGUGUGGAUUCAUUCUAAAAAACUAUACAGACAUACAAAAUCCAUUUUUUUUCCCUUUGAUCUGGCGCCUAAGCAAACAUUUCCACAUUUGAGAAGGUUCCUCUUUAAAAUGCUUUGUCUGAAGCAAACUCUUAAAAUUCCUAUUUUCUAAAAUGGGGCUAUAUUUCCAAAACCGUGGUGUAGGACAAUUGAAAUAAUGUUGUGCCGGGUGGACAGACAUUUAGCAAUGCUGGUGUUGAAAGGAAAUGUAUUUCUAGACAGGAUAGCAGCUAUAACUUAAGGUAUUUAUUCAAAACAAGUAUCAAAGAUGUUGUGGCCGAGAGUUGAAAUGUGGUUCAGUAUUCCUUUAUGCCAUUGCUUUACAACACCCUCUUUUCGAGCAGAGAAAAUGUUAUCUUUAUUGGAAGCUAUCUGGCAAGUCAAGGGGACUCUGUACUCACAAAAAUAAUAAUCCCAUUCUUACUUGUUUUCAUCAGAUUUAAUUGUACAGAGUGAAAUUGAACAAAUCAGGAGUUAACAGUUGUGAAAACAUACACGAAUAGAGUUGACUCUUUUGUUCACAGUAAUUUUUUUUUUGUUGGAAUGUACUAGCCAUUUUUUAUUCAAAAUGUAGCUCACAAACCAGCAUCAGCACCAUCUGGGAGCUUAUUAGCAAUAUAGACUCUCAGGCCCCACCCAGACUUAGAGAAACCAGAGUCUGUAACUUCACAAGACCUCCAAGUCAUUUCAGACAAAUGAAAGUCUGAAAAAUGUCCACUCAAGAAAGUGUUCAAGGGAACUUUCUGAAGCCACAGCACCCUCAGGGUCCCAAACCCACAUGGCCUCCAGACCUGUCCUUCUUUCUUCGGCUUAUUAUUAUGGGCCAAUAUUCUUGUCAGCCACUGCAUUCCUUGUCUAUUAAAAUACUUUGUUUGCCAAGGAACUGCCACUGAUACCCCAAGAUUGAAAAGCGUUGCUUGAGGGUAAUGGUUGUCUCACUCAUGCUAAGCACAUGCUUGUUGACUAUCGUUAGCACAAAAGAAAAAUGACGCCGCAUUAAAAUCAGAAAUUUGCUCAGAUGUUGAAGUCCACAAGGUUGGAUGGGGCCAUGAGGAACAAGAAGACUUGAGGAUAAUGAAUUCAUAUACAGAUGACUCCUUGAAGCAUGGCCGAAAUUUGAUAAUCUGAUGAUAUGUAAAGAAUGCCCUCAGUAUUUAAAUAAAUCUCAUGCAACCGAGUGGUAUGGGGUAACAGUUUACUCUUGGCAGAACUUAGGGGCCAGGAGCCACAUUUUGGGAGGCAAAGAAUAUACAUGGGCGGGGAUUGGCUGAAUGUGCAAAAGGUGAAUUCUCAUUUCAUUCAAACCAGGACAGACUUGUGUAUUCACUCAAGAAGAAUGGGACUGUAGGUGGGUAGGCAUUGCAUGGGCGUACACGUGAACCCACAUACAUGUACACACAGCCAUUUCUAUACAGGAUUCUAUACAUUUCUAUACAGGAACCCACAUACACACACACAGGCAGGCACAUCCUGGCUUUUCGAGCAUAAUUGUGGAAGUUGAAAGAUGUUUGCAAUUAAGACAGCAAGUUGUCAACAAAUGCGCUCACAUAUGUUUUAUUCUAUAAAAAUGGGGACACUGGGGCUCAGAGAAAAAGGGGAAAUUAAUCUGGAUUCGGGUUAGCAGUGAAAUGAUGCUAUGGAUUACAGAAAAUGUAGUCAUAUCUUUAUGCUACCACAUUUUCAAAUGUCCUUCCAUAGAAGAGAAGAUGUAGCUGAAACCUCUGACCUGGAGCCAAAUACCUAACACAGAUGUAAGAAUAACAGGGGUAAAGUUAGUUCUAGAAGUUUAAGGGGCAAUUUCAAUGCACAAGAGGCUUUUUCUUUUAUUAUUCAGGCAUUUUUUUCUCUCUGUUGAUAAUUUAAUGGCAGAUUGUUUUAAUUUCUUAAAGAAAUUACAUUAGUUUAGUUAGACACGAGCUCUUUUAGUUAUUAUAUGUGGUUUUUUAUUGUCUAUUGUGCUAUAAUCAACAGGAAAAUAAUGCCAUGGGCAUGUUUACAGGUUUUCUGUUGCACUAUUAAAUUCUUUACACAGGAUUUACAUCAGUGCUAAUUUGAAUGUGAUCAAGAUUAGGAAUCUUGCAUGCUUACAUUGUAUUUGGUACACUGAUGUAGUGUGAGAUGGAGAAAUCUUCUGUUUAUUCAUUUAGCAUUUCUAUUGCAGCCAAAUCUGGAGGACUUGAUCAUUUGAUCUUUUGCACUAUACACAAAACAAAUAUGCCGUAUCUUAAAAGCCAAUACUUGUACAAGUCAAUAAGCCAUACUGUAAUAUAAUAUUCUGUAAAUAGUUCUAAACUUGCAUCUGGUUUGAAAGUUAGCAUUUCCUUACUUAUUAUGACUUUGUACACAAUACUCUGGUGUUAACAUACUAACAAAAGAGGUUAGGUGGCAGGCUUAUUUGAUUAAAUCUGGAUAGUCUUUUGAUGGAAACGGAUUCACGCUCAACACCUAACUAAGAAAUAAUCAAACUAAUGGAAUGUUGCUGACCCAAAAAGGCUUUUGCAUUUUGAAACAUUUCCAACACAUCAGGCCUUCUCAGUGAGACCAUUCAAAAAUGUCAUGUUCCGUUUUAAAAACCACAAAGCAAAUAGCAGUAUAUCAGUGUAAUCGCAAGCUGUGUCUUAUUUCAGUAAGAAAAUAUAUUGUACGUGCAUGGUACCUGGUAGUCAAUGGUCCCAGACAGCAUAGCCAAGAUUCACUCAUUGAUCCUCCCUAGGAGCCAACUUUGGAGUCGGGGUGGAGUCGCACAUUGGUUCCUUUCUCAUGAGGGGGGAUAUUACAGCACCAGACGAGACUCCAGAAAUGUGAAAUAACUGGCUAAAAGUGAAAAAAUGCCAUGAACAAGUGGACCAGGUUUUGAGGUGACUUUAAAUAACGAUUCAUUUUUCUUUGAAUUGAAUUUUCUAUCUUAAUUGAUGGUGAUUUUGAUACAAUUAAAUGUAAAUUAAAAUCUAUAAAUAAGUGACACUUCUACUCCUGUAUGAUUCUUUCUCUCUUCCUUGGAUCCUCAGCACUCAUAUCAUCUGGAGAAAGAAGGAAAGAUAGACAAAAAGCAAAGAAGGCCCUAAGCUUUCGCAGUGGUAUCUCAGUAAAGGAUCAUCUUCACCUUCGGGCUUGGUUCUGUAUUUUGUCACUGUAGUCAAAGGGUCAGACAUUUGACCGUGUGGCAUCGUGAAGACUGCUAGUCUCUCAAUCUUGGCUUUUCAUUCUUGCUAGACUUUUCUUUGCCUGCUAAACAUUUGAAGCAAGUAAUUUUGAAUGCAGGUUGUUUUAUCAAAGCUUGCUGGGAUGGUAUUUUUUAAAUGAAAUGUUAGUAUUUCAAGUCCCGAUUUCCAUGUUCUGUGGUGUGCACUUGAAUUCCAGCAUUUGACUCUGGAUAGGUCCAAGAUGCACUUAGUUUUCUUCCUCUGGGAGGACACACUUGAAUGUCUAAAUUUUAAAAUUUCACUCCUAAUUGAUUAACUACCUACAUUUAACCCUCUAUGAACUUCAGUUUAUCUUUCAUCAGAAUGGACUGCUCACCCCUCCUUGGGUCUGUGGACAGCAUUUUCUUAGCCUUUAAGAAACACUGAUGGCCUAAGUCCAACUUUUUCCCCGAAGUUUUCUGCUAAAUACUUAAUGAAAAAGAAACAGGAGGCAGAAAUAAGGCUUCAGCCAGUUCAUCUCAUCUUCAUCUUCUGUCAGUUCUGCUGAGCUCAAUUUCCUUUCUAUUUAACACGUGCUUCACUGGCUCUUCUUCAUCUUUGUUAUAUACUUUAUUAAGUCAAAUUAUCCUGUGGGUUAAAAAGAGUUAACACAGAUUAGUAAUUUGGGGAUAUUUAGGUGGCCAAAAUUUGGGGACAGGGAUUUUUAUUUUUCAGUUGGUAUGUUGCUGGUGUAUAAGAAAUAGAAAACCAAGAGACAGCUGGUAAUUGCAGUUGAUAGUUAAUUCCUAAUUAAAUUACAAUAAUUGAUUGUGGAAGUCAAAGGACAUAAUUGACAUAGGAGUUCAAAAGCCAAACAUGUCAUAUGUGUAGGUAAAUCCAUAUAACUCUGAAUAGUAAUGAUAAUAACAGAGUGAAGAAUGCCAGGCAUGCUGUGUCUACAGGAUAUGUCUCAUAUUUAAUGAUUUUUGUCCUUCAUCCUGUAUGGACUUUAUUAAGAUGUCAUAAAUAUUCUGUAUUCAUUUUCCCCCCCAAAAUUUACAAAAUUGCACAGCCAAUUAGAAAACUAUUUCAAAUUUAAUGUCUCGUAUUUUUAUUUGCUAAAUCUGACAGCCCUGCAGAGAGUACUCACUUAAUCCCAAGCUAUGCCCAUCUCUAGAAGAGCAACAAACAAAUGUCCCUUCAUUUGGAAGCAGCAGGUCUCAUACAACUGGCAGUAAAGAAAGGGAGUAUUCCAGAAGGAUAUUUCCCUGGUUUGCCCCAUUAGUAAAAGUAAAUUUCAGGAAAACCCGGAGGGCCCCUGAUACAUUCUGUGCAGUGCAAAACGGCGUGUCCUUCGAAGCUGUCUAUCAAGGAAAGGCCUAGAAUGAUGGGUUCAAAGUCCUCUGCCACAUGGCAUACAGGAAUCCUGGUUCCCAAUCCCCACGAGAGAAUCAGGCCGAUGGUUAGGGUGGAUUCCCAAUGAAAGCCAAAGAUGGAGAAGUCAACCGAAGAGUCCAUCACCAAGCUUUUGCUUAGCAGCUCCCACUUCAUGAUGGUGUACUUCACUUCACCGGGGGCUUAUCUUCACUCAAGGCCAAACCAUAUCUAGUAUCCAGGCAUUCCCACCCCUUGAAGAUACCCAAUUUCACCCCUCAAAAAUAUUUAAGUAAAGGUAGAACCCACUCAAAAUUAGACUAAAAGGAAGCUACCACAAUUGAUUAUAGAGUACCUAUUCCCUAAAAUAAUAACAACAAUAACAAUAAUAAUAAUAUAAUAAAUCAGAAGUCGUUGACUCUAAGCUUAUCAUUACUGUUAUUGUUAUUAUUGCAAAUGUCCUUAAUAUUAUGGAAAAAAUAAAAAGCUUCCAAGAAGGUGAUUGGAGGGGAAUUCAAAGGAAUGAUUUUUUUUCAUUCACUGAAAUUUAACUAUAUUCUUUCAUCUGCAAUCAAAUCUUAAGAUUAAGGAUGUUGUAUUAAAUCAAAUCAUUACAGGAAGUAUGACUAUAUCAGGGGCUUUUUACAAAAACAAACUUCCAGAUCACCAGAGGAAGCUGUGUUUGUGUACUGACAGAGUAUUAAAUAGCAAGCAGGACAGGAAGGCAGGAUAACAGCCAACUUGGAUCUAUUUUGGAAGAAUCAUUUCUGUAGGGUGUCAUGGAAUUGUAAGUUACAAAAAGUAUGCUUUGGUAAACAGACAUCUCCAUUCCAAAAGGACCCACUCCAAAAUACCAUUUAAUCAAAUUCACAAGAAUGUUAUGGAGAUCAAAAUUCCAAAUAACAUGCAGAUUUUACAAGCUAACAGUCCCACUACUUAUAAACCCUGGCAGUAUGUGCAUAGCAAAAUCUUGAUUACGCCUCAGUCUCUUGCUACAUAUAGCACUAUUCUGAUUGCUAUACUGUGCCACAAGAUGAGUGUCCCUGCUUCUUUCUGACUUUUGAACAGGUUUUAUGCUUGGAUUUGCCUAAGCAGAAUCAUGACUUGCAUUUCUCAAUAUUGAGUUACUAUUGGUGGAUGUUAGAAAUCUCACACUAACAAAUACGUAUACUAUGUCACCACCAAGCCCAAUCAGACUAUGACCAAUCAGCUUGAAAUAUGUACUUUCGGGCGCCUGGGUGGCUCAGAUGGUUAAGCGUCUGCCUUCGGCUCAGGUCAUGAUCUCAGGGUCCUGGGAUCGAGUCCCGCAUCGGGCUCCCUGCUCCUUGGGAGCCUGCUUCUCCCUCUGCCUCUCUCUCUGUCUCUCAUGAAUAAAUAAAUAAAAUUAAAAAAAAAGAAAUAUGUACUUUCGUGUUCUACAAACCUGCACCUCUAUUCGUCAAGGCAUUUCUUGUUUGCAUAGGUAUCUCCUCCUUUUCCUAUUUAUAUAUGG